CGUUCACCCCAAACCAAAAAGAAAACCCCCUUUGUCGACAAAGCCAGUCCCAAGCUCCUUUCCCACCCACCCGUGAGAUGGCGGCGGAGGCCCAAGCCACGGCGGCCGGCGGCCUCGCCGGCGAGAUGGAGGUGGAGGCGUACCGCCGCCUCUUCCCCCUCGCCUUCCUCGAGCGCCACCUCCGCGAAUCCGUCCGCCCCGACGCGCGCCGCCCCGCCGAGGCCCGCCCAACCACCGUCGCCCUCGCCGCCGUGUCCUCCGCCCACGGCUCCGCCCUCGUCCGCCUCGGCGACACCGCCAUGCUCGCGUCGAUCAAGCUCGAGGUGAUGUCGCCCUCCGGUGAGGCCCCCGACGAAGGAUCUAUUGCUGUGGAGUUCCACAUGCCGCCUAUCUGUUCCCCGCUUGUCAGACCAGGACGGCCGGCAGAGGUGGCGCCAGUCAUCUCCAAGAACCUAGAGGACAUUCUCAUGAGCUCAGGGAUGCUAAAUUUGAAGGAGCUCUGUUUGAUCAGUGGGAAGGCAUCUUGGUUAGCAUACCUGGAUGUCUAUUGUUUGAAUGCUGAUGGGUCUCUAUUCGACGCUGCACUAAUCUCAGCUGUUGCUGCAUUUACACAUUUGGAAAUUCCUUUGGUAUCUGUCGGUGAUGAUGGUAGAGUAUUUACUGUUGGGGGCAAUGAAGGCAAAGCCAAAUAUGAAUUGGUAAACAGAGAAAAGAGGAAGCUUACGAUUACUAAUGUUCCAUUUUCCCUUACAUGUGCACUUCACAAGGAUAAUGUUCUAGCGGAUCCAACUGCUGAAGAAGAAUCAAUAAUAGAGACUUCUGUGACUAUUGUUCUCGAUUCUUCAGACCAGAUAGUGUCAAUACAAAAACCUGGAGGUGCAGUGACAUCUAUGACAACUAUUAAGGAAUGCAUUAGCUUGGCUAAGGACAGGAGAAGAAAGUUAAGAGAAAUUCUCAUGGACAAUGUUGAAGCAAUGGAAGUCGACCAAACUGAUUAAGUUUGUCACAGUUCUGAUUCAGUGAAUCUAACCAAAUUAUUUUUGUAGUAGCUCUUUCCUAUCUCUUGGUUGUACUCGUAGCGUGAUAAAUUUUAGCACCUUUGGCUACUAUCCGUUUAAUUAAAUAAGUAACAGUCCGUACCUGCCUAUGAUUUUAUUGAAUUAAAGUGGUAUCAUAAUUUUAUUUGAGUCUGUCUUAUGUCUUCUUUGUAUUCGUAGUAUGAGGAAUUUUAGCGUCUAUCUACCUUCGGCUUA